GGGUGGGGAUGGAGGCCGCGGACUUCCCGGGCCGUGGGGCUCUGCGGGAAGGGGGCUGGGCCUGUGCUGUCUACGGUGCCCUAAAGGGAGCGAGACCUCCCGGUGUCGCCUGGCGUGGGGCAGCGCGGCCGAGGGGCAGAGCACUGAGCUGGGGCUCAGGAGACCUGGUUUGGUCCUGGGCUCCUCCACUGCUCUGCUGGUUGACUUCGGGCAGGUCCUGUCAGUGUUCGUGCCUCCGUUUCCCCAUCUGGAAAGUGGGGCUAAUGACAGUGACCUGCUCUGAGCUCUGUGGAUGAAAACUCCAGGUCUGAACAGAUCAGGGCACUACUCUGAACCAAGGCACGUUCAAACUGAAAAUAAGGCAUCAGUAGUGAGGGUGAUUUACCAUUGGAACAAACCCGCCAGGGAUGUGGUUGGUUCUGCAUCUCUUUGUGUCUGCAGUGCAACACGGGGAACCCUCAAAGGUUUUGAUCAGACCAUCAACUUGAUUUUGGAUGAAAGCCAUGAACGAGUGUUCAGUUCUUCACAAGGAGUUGAACAAGUAGUAUUGGGAUUGUACAUUGUUAGAGGAGAUAAUGUUGCUGUCAUUGGUGAAAUUGAUGAAGAGACAGAUUCAGCACUUGACUUGGGGAAUAUUCGAGCAGAACCUUUGAACUCAGUAGCACACUGAACAGGAGAAACACAAGGAUGCACAAGGACUUUGUAAACUUUGGCUGUAUAGAACUAUUUAAAAAAACAGCAUGAAGAAUUUUUACAAAUUGUUGUAACUUGGUUGGGCCACACUUUAUUUUGUGAAUGUGUUGUAGUUUGAUAUGUAAAUUAAAAUAGCUACAUUUUAA